ACGUGGUUGCCACUCCCCCUUUCUCUUGCUAAAUUUAUAAUAACAAAAAGUAUUGGAGCUACCGUACCUGUACCUAGCUACUAGCUAGACUGCCCUGGGGAGUUCUGUGAUCACAGUGAAGUAUUGAGUGUAUGCACGUUGUGCGUGCGGAAGACAAGAACCCAACUGGAAAGCUGAGAGGUAGAGAAACAGGAAACAAGCUGUAAAUCAUAAAUUCUAUGCAAUGGACCAGCUGUAUACUAACGGAGACGGUGGUGAGGAGUACUUUGAGGCGUCCGGUUCCCUCGAGCCCCUGGGGGAUAACGAUACUACCAUGUUGUUUAGGGACCUUGAGCAUGAACUGCAGCUUCUCACUCAAAGGUACCACGUACCCCCAGACGACCUGUCACAACUUUUCCAGGUUGUACAAGGCAUGUUUGAAGUGAUGGACACAAACAGGGACGCUCUGGACAGGUUGGAGGCUGAAAAGAAUGAGUUGGAAGACCUCUGGAAACAAGAGAAGGAUAAACUCCGAGCAGCACAGAGGAGGAAACUUGAGCUGGAAUGUCGGCUAGAGGAAGAGAGAAUGAAGAUUGAGAGUGAGAAAACAACGCUGGAAAAAGACAAGGUGUCCCUGCAGACCAAGGUCAAGCAACUGGGAGAGCAAAAGGAAAAUGCUGAGCAGGAUUUGCUAAAAAUCAAAGAAAGAACGAUCAAAGAGGACCAAAUAAGGAAAGACCUGCUUGAGGAAUACAAGAAGAAAGCCGAUUUCAUCAAGACACAAUCUUUGAGAAGGAGGCCGUCCCUAAAAUCUAACAAUCGUCGACUCCUCCCCUUGGCCCCCUCGAUACGAAGCCCCACCACCAGCCUGACCACCACCCUCAGAGUGCCAUCUAACGAAACCCUCGAAGACUCAAUCAAAUCAGAUUCGUCUGAGCCUCAAGAGUCCUUUCCUGAUGAAACCACAAUCAAAAGCUACCACCAACAACCCUCAUACCCUCCUCAUAAAACAUCCGUUCAAUCACUGGAAGACGAGCUAGCGCAAACCUCACCAGAUCUGAAACGAGAGGAACCUCUUUCACCGCAAAACGGGGACGGUCUCGAGGAGAGCAUCCAUUCUGACGAGGAGAGAGCGUGGUCUAAUUACCAGGAUACGGAGGGGACGUCCCUGACUGACGAGAUGAUGGAGACCAUUUUGUCCACACCCAUGAGAGCGGAGGUGGAGAUGCUCCAACGAGAGAAGGUUAUGUGGGGCGAGGAGCGUGAAAAGAUGGAACAGGCUAUAAAGGACGUUCGCGCUGAGCGGGAGAGUGUUGAAAGCCUUAAUGACCAAACACUGGUCGAGGUGAGACAAUUGAGAGAUAACCUCAAGAAAAUGCAGGACGAGAUGGCAGAUGUAAAGGCUGAGAGGGAUGAGAUACUGGGUCACUACCUGGAGCAGCCAUUUGAUGAGUACUGUAUUACAAGGAAGGAGCUAAACGACCUCCUCAAGAAACAUCAGAAAACGGCCAUCGAGUUAGAGAGAGAGAAAGAAGAGAAAGAAAAGCUUCAGAAAUUGCUGGCUUCGAAGAGGAGUUUUAUGGAAAGGUUCAAAGAGAGGUGGAGGAAGAUGUUUACAAAGCCACUUUCAGACGAGCCAGUUCUAUUCAAGUCAGGAAUGGAGCUAGAAAAAGUUCGUACGCCCUCUCCUGUCCCCACCCCCCUCAUACGCUCCCUGGCAGCCAUCAUGGACACGACUCUCAUGGUCGAGAAGAGUUGGCUAAUGUCAUGUGACAGUCAUAUGGCUAAAGACACACUGCCGCAGUGGGUUGGGCAAAUCAUCCUCAAGGGAAUGGAAACAGAAACGAUUAAUGACGUUGCCGUGGGCCGUGUGUACCACUCUCCGAUACAGCUGUUUCCUGGUAGCAUGACCCCACCCCGCAUGCGUGUGGGGGGUAGGCAUAGCUCAAACAUAGCGAUGAAGGUACUGGCUGGACUGCAACAGCUGCACGCUGAGAUAUGGGUGGCCACAACUGAAUCAUCCAUGGCAUACAUCGAGAUCAUUGACGUCCUGGCUAGGCCCUCCAAAGUUCGUCAGCGUUUCGUUGUUCGUCCCAAGUCUAAGAUGAUUCUAUGCAUGAGGUCCAUCCCUGGUGUAGUGGAAGAGUCGCAGGACUUCAUCGACUCCACCCACGAUACCGCAUGGGUGGAGAGUAGCUUCCUGGGCUCCCAGCAGACAGACUUCACUCAGUCAAUGAUUGUCAAGGGGGCGAGCAAAAAACGGCCGCGCAGUGCCCCCCAGAGACGGCAGACAUUUGGAGGGGAUUUUAUGUCAAGCUCGCCAGAUCUGUCCAGUUGCUCUGAACCUGGACCACUGGAACUGUUUACAAGUAGGAGUGCUCAACCGCAAGCUCCCGCUUCCAAAUCUCAACUGGAGAGUGUCACCUCCUCUGAGACGUACACCAAUUCCCUAUCAACCAUCAAUGAGCUUGACCGCACCUCCACUCAUCCGCCCCCUAUUAUCGUUACGUCCGAAGACAGACAAAACGGCGGUCAGCAAAGAAGUUUGCUAGUUACUUGUGAAGAAGACGUUGAUUUUGACAAUAGUGACCCAAACAUCUCUAUAUCGUCUGCCUCCACUGAGGAUCAAAGGUCAAAGGUCACAAGUACUCCAAUCUCUACCCCUCGCUCAAAACAACCACUCCCCAUUUCUCCGCUGCACCAAUCCAAUUCAAAACCUUCUAUUCAGGAUAUGGAGAGUCCAUUGGUCAAGUCAGGUUCCAAUGUUCCGAGUACCGACACUGAGGUUACUGACGGUAGGACAGAGCAUAGGGCCGAGAAGGACCCUGUCAUGUGGAUUGUCACCGAUAACAACACGUUGUAUUUCUACCCGACAACCCACCCCAGUCACAAGCCGUUCAACAGUGUCCAGCUGCACACCAAAGCAGUCUGCAUGGAAUACAUCAGAGGCAAGGUGUUCAUGGGUCACUCUGACUCUACCCUCUCUGUCUACUACAUGGACGAAUUCUCGCACAUGUGGGAUGUUGAGAACCCAGAGAGAAUCUCCCUGCCUUCUCCCAAUAUCAAUGAGGUGUACGAGGUCCAGUGCAUAGCAGCUGUCAGCGACAGGAUAUGGGUGGGGGCUGGUCCCUCCAUCUUCUUCCUCGAUGUAGAGCUUCCUGCAUCUAGAGAGGGCUCCAUCUUCCUGGACAGUUGGAGGAGAAAGCCCCGACAAAUACUUCCCCUGGGGGACAUUGUGGUUGUCACGACAUCGUCUACCUGUCUCUACCUGUUUGAUGCAAUCUCCACUCACCUCAUUCAGAAAAUCAACAUCAACUCCAUUGCCAAGUUACUAGACCACCCUACCGUGUCCAACCCCCACAACACCACUAUGACCUCCCACACAACCUCUACUAUCAAGAAAGUGGUAUCAGACGACACUAACCUCUAUAUCGGGACAUCCUCAGGCAAAAUGGUGGCCGUCCCAAUUUCAUCCCUCCGCAAUCUUCGAGACAGAACUGUCGAUCGAUCCGAUCUCACUUCACCCGUGGAUUUCUCCCUUCCACAUUCCGUCUCCGUCUCCCUAAGCCCCACUCACGGAGCGACUAGCCCCACCCACAGAAUUACUAGCCCCACCCACAAACCAGGAAGUCCUCUUGGAAGUCCUUGUGGGUCCCCCAAAUCUGAUCAUGUUUCUGAUGAAACUGAUGGCUUCCUGGAUCGAAAGAAGGAAAAAAAGAGACAAAAGAAAAAAAAGACCAAGAUACCAAAGGAAGAAGUAAAAAAUGUGAAAACAACGAUCGAUGAACAGUGGGAGGAGCUUCGUACUGCUGAAGAGGAGGAUGUUGAUGGACCUUAUUUAGAAAACACAGCCAUUUCUCUCCACUCUCUGAAUGACAGUGAAGUGCUGCGUCUUGUUCACUUGUGUCUCCCUGACAACCAAAUAUCGAAACUGAAAGCUCCCUCAGACCCUGUGCCCUAUCACAGCAUGCCCAAUCUGAGCUCCCCAUUUGGUGGGCGUGUCCCUAUAAGCCCCCCUAUUGUGACCUACAAGACUAUUAUAUUGGCCAUGGGCAAAGGACACAUGGAAUACAUUGUCGACGAAGACCCUGAGGCAAUUGAGGAGUCUGUACGAAGUGCCAUACGUGAAAGAAAUGAAUCGUUUCAACUCCUAGCCUGGGGACACAAGAAUGUUUUGCCAUAGAAUGUUUGUGAAGGUACAUGUACAUGACUGUACAAACAGUGUUGUUAUUUUUUUUAUGCUUGAGAAUUUGAAGUGUUGAGCACUACCUAACAGGUUUUUAUUAACUUUUAGACCAUUCUUUUAUGGCUAUGUACUAUAAUUAUACAUGUGUAUUGUUGUAACUAUAACCUUG